ACUGUGGGGAAAGGCUGAAGUGUUUUUCUUUUAUGUUGACAACUAAAAAUGACUGUCUUUAAUUUGCAUUUGUUUCAGAAUCGGAGCAAACGCUUGGAAAAAGUCCAUGUGGUUAUUGGACAUAAGUCGUGUGAUCUGGAUUCACUUAUUUCUGCAUUCACCUAUGCUUACUUUCUAGAUAAGGUCAGUCCUCCUGGUGUUCUGUGUUUGCCAGUGCUAAACAUACCAAGAACAGAAUUUAACUACUUUACUGAGACCAGGUUUAUUUUAGAAGAGCUAAAUAUUUCUGAAUCAUUCCAUAUCUUCCGAGAUGAGAUUAAUCUACAUCAUCUAAAUGAGGAAGGGAAGUUAUCACUAACACUUGUUAACAACAAUGUCCUAUCCAGUGAGGAUAAAACUUUAGAAUCUGCUGUUGUCAAAGUCAUUAAUCCAUCUGAAGGAUGUGACACCAGCUUGGAGUUGCAGGAGUCUUCUUCCUCCCUUGUGGCAAAAGAGAUUCUUCGGGAGGCCCCUGAGUUAGUCACUGAACAACUGGCUCAUCUCCUCAGAGGGAGUAUUCUUUUUAACUGGAUGGCCAUGGAUUCUGAGAAGAUGUCAGAGAAACAGGAAGAAAUUCUUUCCAUUCUAGAAGAGAAAUUUCCUGACUUGCCUCCAAGAGAAGACAUUAUCAGUGUUCUGCAAGAGACCCAAUGCAGUGCUCAGGGUUUAAGUAUUGAACAGACAAUAUUGAAGGAUCUAAAGGAAUUGUCAGAUGGAGAAAUAAAAGUAGCAAUUAGUACUGUGUACAUGACCCUUGAGGACUGCAUGUUUCAUAAAAACAUGGCUACUGACCUGAAGAUUUUCACAGAGAAGUAUGGCUUUGAUGUACUUAUCCUUUUGGCCAGUUACUUAUCAGAUGAACAACAGACAAGACGACAGAUAGCUGUAUAUUCAGAGAAUGUGGAGCUGUGCAAUCAAAUCUGCUGUGAACUGGAAGAGUGUCAGAAUCCUUGUCUGGAGCUGGAACCCUUUGAUUGUGGCUGUGAUGAGAUCCUUGUAUAUCAGCAAGAGGAUCCUUUGGUAACUUCUGAUCAGAUGGUUCUCCUGGUUAAGGAAGUCAUUAACAGGAGGUGUUCAGAAAUGGUCUCCAAUAGCCGGACAUCCUCCACGGAAGCCGUGGCUGGAAGUGCACCACUUUCUCAGGGGUCUUCUGGCAUCAUGGAGUUAUAUGGUUCUGAUGUAGAACCACAACCCAGUUCUGUGAAUUUCAUAGAAAACCCUCAGGACCUCAAUGGCUCCAUCCCAGCUCAGGUGGAUGUCAAUGUAGACCUUGUGAGUCCUGAUAGUGGGUUGGCAACUAUUCGGAGCAGCCGGUCUUCCAAGGAGAGCUCAGUUUUCUUAAGUGAUGACAGUCCAGUUGGUGAAGGUACUGGAUCUCAUCAUAGCCUCCUCCCAGGAUUUGAUUCCUAUAGUCCCAUCCCAGAAGGGGCAAUAGCUGAAGAACAUAAACCACAGUCUGGAGAGGAUGGGGAACAUUUCGAUCUUUUCAACUUUGACCCAGCACCCAAUGUUUCUGUGCAAUCCCAGUCAUCUUCCCGUUCGGCUGACUAUUCCCCAGCAGAUGACUUCUUUCCCAACAGUGAUUCAUCAGAAGGACAGCCACCCACAGUGCCAAAAGGACUUGAUGAGAUGAAUCUAUUAGGGAGUGACAUGUCUAAUUAUUCAGCAGGUUUACUGAUGGCAGUAGCUGAAAAAGAUAACCUUCUGGAAUUUGAUGGGGAAUUUGCCCAGAGGCAGGAAAGCCCCGGGGACCUCUCAGAAAGAACUUUGAGUCUUAAUGAUUUUGUAGGAGAAGACUCUCCUCCCUCUGAGCGCCUAAAAAAUGUUGGGACAAGAGUCCCACCAACCCCAAUGAAUAGCUUUGUGGAAAGUUCUCCCUUGACAGAGGACCCAACCUUGCUCUUCCCAGAAGACAUGCUGCAAAAAAUCAAUGACUUAGAUCGUACGGGAUCUACUCAAACCCGUAUGAGGUGCAGCAGCUGGUGGGGUGGUUUAGAAAUGGACUCUAAAAAUCCUGCCCUACUGAAUGCUGAUGCAUGGAGUUCCAGUGAACAGGAGUCUGUCUUCCAGAGCCCUGAAUCCUGGAAAGAUCAUAAGGCAAGUCUCAUUGAUAGGAGAGCUUCAGAUUCUGUAUAUCAGCAAAAGCAGCCAAGACAUGGUGGAUACUCAAAACUGGGUCCUUGGGAGACCCAACUUGAACAACACAUCAUGGAUAACACUGACACCCACCAACAAAGUGAAGACAAUCCAGAACACCAGAAACUGCCUCCUGAGACAUCCCAUGCUUCCCCUCAAGGGACAUGCCACUUGAUAAAAGACUUUGUUACUAUGUGGGAGUCCAGCUCACCUUCUGCAAUGGAAAGAGAUCCAUGGGAAAAUCCUGCAGGUGAUGGUGAUAGACUGGUGGAUUCAGAGCCCUUCCCUGCCUGGACUAAAUUUAAUAAAGAAGAUAACACCAAUACUCUGGAAAAAGCCUGGAAUGUGCCUCAGUUGGACAGAAAUCUGACUCCCCAAAUGGAUCAUAAUGAGUGGGCUAUGGAAAAGAGAGAACUUCCUUUUUCUGCAGAAGUUCCAUUGGAGAGUUCAUCAAAAACUCCAAAUAAUCAAGUGACUUCAGAAGCUUGGGAUGAGAGCAAGGGUGACACCAACAAUGUCCAUAUUGAGUCUGAGAAUCCCAGUCUUGAUUCUGACAUUAUUUGGAAUAAUUCUAAGCUGAUUAGGGAAAAUCAGGAUAGGUUCAAUGGUUCUGACAUCAGGGGAAAAUCAUUUGAAAAGGUUAACACCUGGAACUUGUAUGAAGCAAAUGAUAAGGAAGGAGCUCCAGCUCCCUGGGAAGAUUCCUUUUUAUCAUAUAGGUGCUCAGACUUUAGCGCAUCCAAUGUAGGGGAAGAUUUGGUUGCUUCUGAAUUAGAUACCAACUACUCUACUUCAGAUUCCUACAUAUCACCUACCUUUGUAGGGGAGGAAAAAGAAACUGAGGACAAAACUUUUUAUCGUGAUAUUAACAUAGCUUCUGAAGAGACCUCACUGAAUAAGUCAAAUGAUGUUGAAAAUCUUCCUCAGCCAAUGGAGCUGCCAUCAUACAGAAAUCGAAUUAGUUCAGGUCCUGAGACCCUAGAGAUGUGGACAACACAUACACCAAAUGAUAGCCAGAUUGUGACAGUCAGUUCAGAAACUAAUGUCCCUUCAAAUUCACAUAAAGAUUUGCACAACCUAGAGUAUCCAGAUACUAAGAAUUUCUUGACUGAGGAUGAUGCUGGGGAAAGUAGCCAAUCUAGUUAUGAUGAUCCUAGAAUGAUGCAGAUGUAUAACGAAACAAAUCGGCAACUAACCCUCAUGCAUAGUGGCACAGAUCCUGAGCAGGCAGCUCCUGAGAACAUCGACUUGUGGAAUAGAGUCAUUCUUGAGGACACACAGUCAACAGCAACUAUUUCCGAUCUGGAUAAUGAUUUAGACUGGGAUGACUGUAGUGGAGGAAUGGAGACUUCCAGAGAAGGUCAAGCUCAAGGAUACAUGCAUGAGAGUACAGAACCAGAAACUCGAUUUUUAGUGAAACAGCUAGAACCAUGGAGUGUUGAGAGUCAGGAGGAUAAUCAGGUAGGAUGGGAGCACCAUAUGCCCUACAACGCCUCUGAGAAAAGCAAAGAUGCCACCUUCAAUGAAUUCAAUUCAUUAGAUGAGAAAAGUGGACAACAAAUCUUUAGCAAUAUUUGGGAUACAGUCAUGAAAGAUGACAAUAUGUCAUCUUUAAUACUGCCUGACUCAUCACCCAUUGUAGAUUCAGAUGAAAACAAAUCACCUUGGGAGACUCUGAGCUCAUCAGAAAAAGUUAAAGACAGCAACAUCUCAGAUAACCUAGAAAUCUUAGAAAAUGAGCAGGAAGAAGCUUUUACUCCUGUCAUCCCUCUGGCUGAUUCUGUCAACCAGGAAAUACAAGAAAGUCCUUCAGGGGGCAAUGGAGGAUACUUUGCAACAAGGUCUGAGAGCAAAAAACAGAUCGAGCAUUCAGAUAUCUUAAAGGAUCAGAGUUAUAACCAGAGUGAAGAAGAAAAGAAUGUACAAGAAAAUAUCAGUAAGGAAUAUUUAAUUGAAGAGGAUAUAAGAAGUUCUGAGGUAGAGAGUACUUCAGGAAGUUCAGGAAAAGAGGAAUGUGACCAAGAACUGUUUUCUCCUGUUGCAUUUGAAAAUCAAGGGACUCAUGAUGACUCUGUUAAAAGUAGCUCUCCUUCAGUUGCAUCGAGUCCUCACAUCAAUGAAUUCCCAGAGGAGCUGGUGGAAUUCCAGGACAAUACCACUAACCAAGGGACUAGUGGUGCUCAAGCAAGAGCUUCCACAAAUAACCUGAAGACAAGCAAUGCCUAUGAAAAGCAUUUCAUGGAUCAGGAAAAUCCAGUUGAUACUGCUAAUAUUUUAUCAAUUCAGAAUGAAUCUGUAAAAGAGCAUGGAUUAUCUGAAAUGAACCUUGAGGAAAAUGAGACAUAUAAAAUUUUGGGACUGAAGGCUAUGCCCACAGAGAAAAUAGACAAGGUGUCUCUUAAAAGUCCUCAGAGUCUUGAUAUUUGGAAUGCAUGUGUUAGUGGAGAUUCUCAAGCCAAUGGAACAAGUCUUGAAUUAAAUGAAGACCAUGAAAUGAAAAAUAUUAGACAUCAUCUUCCUAUAGAAGAUUUUCAAACAGGAAAUGGCGAGGAUGAUAUUAUGUCCAGUGAAUAUACACACUCAAGUGCAUCAAGCCCUGAUCUAAGUGAUCCAUCUGCUGCUAUGUCCAGCUUGGGUGAUAUGAAGCCUAUGGACUAUCAGAGAAAGAAUCAAGAUGACUGGAGUGCAGAGAAUAAUGAAAACUCUGAACUUGUUUCCAUUGGUGUCCAGCCAGAAAUGGUGCCUCAAAUGGGAGACAUACAAGGGAAAAUGAUGGAUGAAAUUCAAGAGGCUGUUGAACACAAAGUUCCUAAAAGUUUAGAUAUCUGGAAUGCCCAAGUGGAUGAUGAUGACUCUCUUUCUUCUUUAUCAAGCCCAGAUGGAGGCAAUACUUCUCAAAAUUCAGGGUCUCCGGAAAGAAGUUCAGAAGGUAAUCAAUACCCCAAAAAUGAGCAUGAAAUUCCUGAAACAGCACUCAAUAAUGAUGUUAAGUCCAUUAUAACAAGCUCAGGAACUAAUAGCAGCCCUAAUGGGGAAGAUAAACUGGAGAAAGAAGUUCAUUUGAUGGCUUCCCAAGCAGAUUUGCAGAAGGAUUCUAGGAUAUGGAAUAUAUUUAAUCAAAAAAAUGUAUGUUUGACCAUAGCAGAUCAUGAAAGUCAGGAAUUUUCUGAAGAAAAAGAUUCCUGGAAAAUAACUAAAGGUGAGAGUCAAGGAAGCCCAUUUAAUGAAGACCAAAGCAGUCCUGAUCAUUGGAAUUUCUCACCUCUGAAUAAAACUGAGGAACAAGCAUCUGAAUUUAGUGAGGAGGCAAAAUAUUCUCCAGAGACAUUGAAGACUGAAGAUGUAACAACAGAGGCAUCAUUACAAAAGUCUCUCAAAAAUGAGUCAGAAGUAAAGCAUAAGUCCAAAGAGGAAAGUCUUGGAUUUUCAGCUGAGGGAGAUGAUUGGUGGGAUACUUUGCCCCCAAUAAAGAGUCCUAAGGAAAUGAAACACUCUGAUUCACAUGGUGUUUUGAAAGAGACCUCUUUUGUAAGCCAAAAGGUAGAUCCAUGGAAUGUACUCAUUCAGGGUGAUUUUGAAUCCAAGGAAAUACAUCAUGUUAAUCCUUUCACAGAUGAAAACCAGUCACCCUUUCAACAUAAUAAUGAGAAAAUGGAUCAACCACUUUGGAACAUUCAACCAACACAAAUAGUCUCAGAUACUAUACAGAUGGAGCAGUCUGAGGAAUUUGAGUCAAGUCGAGAAGAAAGGGAUUUAAAAGAACAACUCUUCAUAUCAACUGCUGCUACUGAGUCUGUGCCUAAAAGCCAUAACCAAGAACUAUAUCAAGACAGUGUUUUCCCUGCUCUGGAUCAGCCAGACUCAGAAUUUCCUCAUGCAAAUGAUUCCAUUGAUAUCAGCCCUUCCUCUCAAAUGACAAUAGAGUCCAACUCUGAAUGGAAUAGUUCUCUACCUGCUGAGAUCUCUCCAGGUACAUUUGUCCCAGAUAUUUUGCAUGACAAUUUCCAGGAUGGUAGGCAAAUUAUCUCAGCUAUGCCUGAUCUCUGGACUGAUACUGAACAGCCCUUUGCCCUGAAAGCUGAUGGUGAAAAUCCAGAUAUUUUGAGUCACUGUGACCAGGACAGCAACUCUCAGUCUUCUACCAGUCCUGAUGUGUGUCAUGAAUAUGAAAUGAAGGAAGAAACUGGGCAGCAUCUUGCCCAAGCUUCAGCCAGCCCUAGAGGGGAAGCUUGUGAGUUUUACCUCACUGAAUUAGAGGGAAAUGAAGAAGCCAAUAUGGUUACUGGACAGAAACUUGCCAUUCAUGAUGUGGGAAUGCAUUCUGAAAAACAAUUUUCCUUGAAUCCAAAUAAUGAACAAGUAAAUGUUGACAAAUUAGAUCUUUCAUUCUCUCCCAGAACUUCCUCUAAGCCUUCUGUACUGGCUAACAAUGGUAACAAUGGUGCAAACAUAGGAGAAUUCAAAAAUGAAACAACCCUAGAAAUAGCAUCAGUUUUGAGACCAUCGGAAAUGGAGAGUUUGACUGUUGAAAACACAGGCGCCUAUGCUACCAUGAUUGCCCAGACACCAGCUACUAUAGAGGUGAACAGUUCUUGCUUAUCAGGUGAUAUCUUUCCUGAAAACAAAAAAGAUACAAGUGCCCUGAUUAACACUGAAAAUUCUUUAACUGAUGAAGAGCCAGAAGCCAAUACUGGGACCCUAACAGGCUCAGGCCCUUUUUAUGAUAGAAAUGAGGCUAUUGUAGGACACAGUUUCAGUGAUGUGAUGAACACUUCCAAUGGAACAAUGAGGGGAAUGGAAGAAUCACCAUCAGAAGAGUAUAACCCUGAAAAUUAUACAGGAAGACCAACUAUUUCUCCCUCAGCAGCCACUUGGAGAGAUUUUGAAGAUGGCGCAAUGGCUACCAAUUCUGAUGAAGGAGCAAUAAAAGAACCUGAACACUUCCACUAUGGUGGUGAACCUCUUCUGGAGGAGCCUUCCACCAAACAUCCACUUAUGCCAUAUACUCCUCCCUUUGAUUUGUCAUUUCUCACAGAGGUACCCCAAAGCUCCAUGAAGGAGAAGGAAGUGCUCUCAGAUGAGGAACAAUCUUCUGAUAGUGAAAUGGAAGAACUAAUGUUCCCCACAUUGCUGUCCAGAAAAGCUACCACGAGUCACUCAGAGGAAAGAGACGAUGUUAAACCAAAUCCAUUAGAUUUUGAAGUGGAAUUUGAUUCUAGCAAGGAUCAUGAGCUAAGAACAGGAAAGAAAGUAGACACACGUAUGGAGAUGAAUGAGGACCAGAGUGCACUACAGAUGGAUUAUAUUCUUGUUGACCAUGAAGAAAACUUCUCUGAGAGGAAGGUUCCCCUUGAACCAAAGGAAAGUAAAUCUGAAUUACAAGAAGUCAAUGUCAAGCCAAAGCAAAUGGAGCUUCCAGGAGAGCUUUCAGCAGCCUCUCAGGAUAUAUCUCAGGCAGUUGCAAUAAAUGAAAGGAAAGGCCAGUCUGCAAAAGGACCUUUAAUAGAGAAUGUUUCUUACAUUGUGCCUCCAAAGCUGGAAGAUGAAAGGAUAUCUCUAGAAAGCCCUAGGCAAGAUCCCGAGUGGAUGGUCUUGGGCAGAAGUGAGGUUUACAGUUCGUCACCUGAACAGAAUUCCAGCCAGCCAGAAACAGGGAACUUGGGGUCUGGACAUUCCAUCAUGGCUGAAGAUCAGAGACUCAGAGAAGCUGAACAGAUUGAGGUCUGUGCAGAGACAAAGAAAAAAAAUCCUUAUGAAUCUUUGAGACAGGAGAAAUCCCCUCAGGGCAAACUGGCAAGGAAAAAUAAGGAUAAGAGCACAAACGAGACGGAUUCAGAUGCCCUUUUGCUAAAGGUGGUUGCCCAUGAAAACGAAUGGGAAAUGCUGUCACCCCAGCUUUCUGAAGGUAGCAGUGCCCCAGAAAAGGAAAUGGAGGAGGAAACAGAGUUUCUUGACUCUGAACCAAGAGAACUGAGUCCAAGAAGACCACUAGCAGAUGAUGUAGGAAUGGACAUCCCCUUCGAAGAGGGAGAACUAAGUCCCAAUUCUACAGACAUGAGACCUGAACCACCUAAUUCGUUGGAUCUUGAUGGCUCUCAUCCCCGGAGAAUAAAACUCACAGCCCCAAAUAUCAACCUUUCUCUGGACCAGAGUGAAGGAUCUGUUCUCUCUGAUGAUAACCUAGAGAGCCCAGAUGAAAUUGACAUCAAUGUGGAUGACCUGGACACUCCGGAUGAAGCUGAUUCUUUUGAAUACACUGUCCAUGAGGACCCAGCAGCCCUCCAAGAUUCUGGCCAGGAGGCAGAGUCCAUCCCAGAAUACACUGCUGAGGAGGAGCGGGAGGACAAUCGGUUAUGGAGGACAGUCGUGAUUGGCGAGCAGGAACAGAGGAUUGACAUGAAAGUCAUAGAGCCUUACAAAAGAGUCAUUUCUCAUGGAGGAGAUUCAGGAUACUAUGGGGACGGUCUAAAUGCCAUCAUUGUGUUUGCGGCCUGUUUUCUGCCAGACAGCAGUCGGGCUGAUUACCACUAUGUCAUGGAAAAUCUUUUCCUAUAUGUAAUAAGUACUUUGGAGCUGAUGGUAGCUGAAGAUUAUAUGAUUGUCUACUUGAAUGGAGCAACCCCAAGAAGGAAGAUGCCUGGACUAGGCUGGAUGAAAAAAUGUUAUCAGAUGAUUGACAGAAGGUUAAGGAAGAAUUUGAAGUCAUUCAUCAUUGUUCAUCCAUCUUGGUUCAUCAGAACAAUCCUCGCAGUCACACGGCCUUUUAUAAGUUCAAAAUUCAGCAGUAAAAUACAAUAUGUCAGCACCUUAUCGGAGCUCAGUGAGCUGAUCCCAAUGGAAUGUGUUCAUAUCCCAGAGAGUAUCAUCAAGUACGAUGAAGAGAGAUCUUAUAAGAGAAGUGUGAGACUGGAUGAAGAGCUGAGGGAAGCAUCCGAAACAGCUAAAGCUAGCUGCCUUUCAAAUGAUCCAGAAAUGUCUUCUAUGGAACAGGAGUAA